AACGAUGUUCUUUGAUUUUACAAGGUUUAACAGCGCACACAAUGUUUACUAUCAAGAAAUCCAUUGUUGAUACGACGAGAUACAGUUUAUGGUGAAGAAAGCGUCAAAUCUCCAUGGAAAUUACAUCAACUGAGAAAUGAUGCAUCAGAGGCCUUAAGAAAGUCAUUCAGUAAAAGAUCAUGGACAAGAACAAAAGUCGAUCAUCUUACAGCAAUGGAAUUCGUACAGAUCACGAUGACCUGGCGGAACUGGAUUUACAUCUUGAUCUGGAGGCACUGGCAGACAUGACAGAAUCUGAUUCAGAUUCCUCGGAGGAUGAGUUUUCUGAGGAGGAGUGGCCAAGUGCAAACGAGGAAGAGGAAGAGCUACUAAAACUGACACAUGAUCUACAAGCAUCCAAUGAAAAAAGACCAAUAGCAGUGUCACAACCAAAACCUCCACCUCCCCAGCAAAAUUUAUCUGGAAACAAUGGUGCAUUGUUACCAUAUGAAGAUGGAAUUGAUGUGGACAGUGAGGAAGAAAAUGAAAUCAUGAAAGAAAUAAAAGCAGAAAUCAGUAAACAAAUGAGAGAAGAAAUGAAAUCAGAAUUACAGGUUUACAAGCAAGGAAUGGAAGCCCUAGAACAAGGUCAGCUGCCAGGAGCCCGGGGGAGGGGGGAAGAGGAGGAGGAGGGGCUGGAAAACAUGGAACCCAAGCUAAAGGAGGCCAUUCUAAAGAUGCGCAAGCUAGACAGAAUCCUGGCCAAGAAAGUCAAAAAAGAAAGAGAAGUUAAAAGAGAUCGAUUAUUGUUAGAAAGAAGGAUAAAAGAAGAGAUUGAAGCUAUGAAUACAGAGAGAGAUGGGGAGUAUAGAGAAGAAAAGAACAACACAGAGAAAUAUCUGGCUCUUACACUGCCCCCUAGACACAAUGAGGGCGUUAGUAUUAGUGAGACCCAAGGGCCAGAUGUAUUCACUACAGAAUUAAAUGAGAGUGAUUACCCAGGGCUCCAGAGGAACCAGCAGCAAGGGGGAGCAACUGGGGGAUCAGGUGCACAGAAUAGUCAGACUGGUGCACAACAGGAUACCAACUCAGAGUUUGGAAGUGAAAUGUCAGCCAACACAAAGAAAAGGAAGCAUCGAAAGAAAAAUUUUAUCAAACGUAACAAAGAGUUAGCUAAAGAUGCUGGAAGUGAAGUUGCAAUGACUGAUGAAGAGAAGAUCCGAGUUGGUGAAUUACUGAAGGAUCUGGAUGAUCUUCCAGAAAUACUGGAGGAUGAGGAUGGUGCUGAGAGUGGAUACCAGAUGGUGGUACACCCAGGGGAGGGAUUCUGUCCUGACCCCGAGGAAAUGAGGGUACUGGACGGAAUUGACAGUCGAUUGAAAGAACUUCUUCCUCCAGAGGAAUUUGAGGAAGUGUCAGCACGUUAUUCACAAAAUCACCAUAAAAAGCUUUUCACACCAGUGGGGUUUAAAAACUUGUCCAGUUUUGAACAUUUUGGAGAACGAGCUUUACUAGAGAAUAAGGAACAAAGAGAUAUGCAAGCACGCCUCCAUAGGAUCGAAGAGGAACUUGCCAAACUUCACAACCCAGAGGAGCUGGAGCUUGAGACCCCUGACACUUUGUCUGGAGACCAGUUGAAUGAUCUUUUGGACCAGUGUGCCAGAUCUCUGUCUCGCUCGACUCUGAUGGGAACAGAUUCUAGGAUAUCUCAUAGAGACGCAGAAUCUCGUGACACUCAGAGAUCAGCUGUGUCUUCCCGAGCAUCACUGCCCGAGUCUGACGCAGAUUCCAUGUACCUUCCCGCGGACGAUACGACACCAAGGAGCCAAAGAUCAGCUAGAGAGUUGCUGAUGGAGAACCCCCCUAAGCUGUCAGACGAGGAACUCCAGAAGUUGUUGUCUGAUGCACACUUCCCCCUGAAGAGUCGACUAUCCACUCUGAUGGAGGAGGAGGAAGAAACAGAUGUUGAGUCCAGGCCUACAUCUAUUACGGCAGAAACAUGGAAGUUAAUAUCCCAGGAAAAAACAGAAAUCAAUGAUCAGAAUGAAACAGACAGAAAUGUUCACAAUAAUGUCCUUUUUUCAAGUGUGUCAGACUCAGAUCGUAACAGUUCAAGGAACUCUCAAAUACCAGUGUUACCGGAGAUAAACCGAUCUGGCAGUCUGAUAGCACAGUGGAACAAUGAACGACCGUCCAGUAGCCAGAGCCGUAAUAGUUCUGUGUUGACAAUAAGAAACAGUUUAAAUGCUGCCUUGGUCAGUGACAGUAUAGAAAUAAUGUCAGUAGGAAGUGAGAGUGUGGCUUCCACGCCCCGCCCUCCCAGCGGUGAAAAACCAACUAAUAUGUCCCACAGGGCAAGAAUGGAGAAAAAUAUCAUCCAGUCAUCCUGAAUGUGCUAGGCAUUUUUAUGAUUUUUUCACCAUGUUUUUGACAGGGAAUUUCCGUCCUCUAUUGUUUGUAUUUAUUAAAUAUUUUCAAGUAUUA